GAGGUGUGUGAGUGAUCAUCUGUGCAAAAGUUGUUUGUAUUUAUUGAGUGAUAAAACUUGUAUUUUUCCUCAAGUUUUGUAAGACACCUAGAAACUGAAAUCUAGGUAUUUGAGAUGUCCGAAUAUAAUUUCGCAAUAAUAAUAUGUCGGAUUGGUAUUGGCGAGUGAUCGCCUUGAAGGCUGCUUUUGCGCUUACAUGUUUAGUUUCUUAUCUUAGCGCUGAUGUUACGAUACAGAAGUUACCGUUUUGUAAUCCUCACAACGCAAACGGUGUAUCCGACGAUUUAGUGAUUGUCAGCACUGUUGAUGGAAAGUUGACAGCUUUCUCCACAAAAAAUGGUAUCAAAGCUUGGGAUGUAGAAACUCAGCCAUUGCUGUCAUCCAAUCUGCAUCAUGUGGAGUUAAGUGCUGGAGGUAAAUGGGUGCGACUUGUGCCUUCCUUACGCGGCACAUUAUACAGUCUUAGCGGAGACACUAUCGAACCUCUGCCAUUUGAUGCUGAGCAACUGCUGUCAUCAUCAUUUAAGUACUCAGAUGAUUUGGUGAUUGCCGGUGCAAGAGAGACACUAUGGGUGGGUAUAGACGCGCACACAGGCACCGUGAUAUACGAGUGCGGGUCUGCGGGCUGCAGCAGCGAGCAGACUGCGGGCGCGGGACGAGAGGUACUAGUCCUGCGUCGACAGUCCAGCACAGUGAGAGCCCUUGAACCGCACUCCGGACAGGAAAAAUGGAACUUCAGUGUGGCGGAGCACCAGCUAUCGGUGAGUCGGCGGGAGUGCCUCGGCGCGGGCGCUCCGCCCAGCCCCGUCACUGUGGGCGUCGACCUGCCCGAGGGCGUGGUCGCAGUACGACUACCCGGAUCACAGAAACCUCUCUGGCAACAGAAACUAGAAGCGCCUGUGGCAAGCCUGUGGCGGCUGCAGGGCGGCACGCUGCAGCACGUGGACGUGCUGUGGCAGGCCGCGCAGGCGCUGGCUGAAGCCGAGCCCGCCCCGCCCUCGCUCUACAUAGGGGUCCACGACCGACAGUUAUACAUCCAAGAGAGCGUGUUGUACGCACAGAAGGUGGAGACGUCGGUGGCAGCGCGGCCGUUGCCAUGGAAACUGAAGCACUCGCGGCCGCUGCUCAGCGCGGCGCAGACCGCGCUCAGUCUGCACGAUACUGACCCUGACCUCUCACUGGUCGCACUCUACAGGAAUCCUGGAUUAACUGGAAACCACGGCUUCUUCCUCUACAUCCAAGAUACCUGCGACCAAGCAGUCCAAGUCUCCGAAACCUUCGAACCAUCAGACGUGAUCCCCAACAACAGUGAGAACCAAUUCGAUCACCAUCACGUUCACGUCCACGUCUACUCCCUCUGGUUCUGGUGGAAGGAAGUCUUCCUCAUCACGGUCAGCACAGCGUUACUCCUGAACCUGCUCAUCUGGCCCAAACUCUUCGCACAGAAGAUACCACCUCCAACUCCAGUACCAGUGAACCAAGAAGUGAUAGUUGUGGAACGACAUUAUGAAAGACCUCAAUCGACAAAGGAAUAUUCUGGAAGAUAUGAAAAUGAUUUCACUCCGUUACGUUGUUUGGGUCAAGGAGGUUUUGGUGUUGUUUUUGAAGCGAGGAAUAAUAUUGAUCAUUGUUCGUAUGCUGUUAAACGGAUUACUCUACCGAAGAGGCAAUCUAAACGCGAGCGUGUAUUACGUGAAGUGCGGGCGCUCGCGAAGUUGGAACACGAGAAUAUAGUGCGUUACUUCAACGCCUGGCUCGAGGAGCCUCCGCCGGACUGGCAGGAGAAACGAGAUGCUGUACUUAUGCGUGAACUCGGCAGUAUGUCAGUGUUGAGCAGCGAAGAGGCCAGCUCUGCCACCCCCGUAACCCCAACAUCCCCCUCAUCCCCCUCAUCCCCCAACAAAUCACCCCUCAAAGCGGACAGUGUCACACUUAACUUGCACAAGCCACUGGAUUACUGUGUUGACGCACUGGACUACGACAAAUUAAAGGAACCUAGACGACACAGAUCUCUAAGCUGUAACGAUUCCUUCAGCAUUAUAUUCGACGAGGACGCGUCAAAAAUAUCAGAAACAUCGAAAAAACAUACAAACACGGAGCCUCCUAAUAUAUUAUCCAAAGAUUUACAAAGUUGGGAUAACUCGAUGUUGUCUAAAUCACAUACAACCGGUUUCCGAAGUGAAUCUAAGAAAGAUGAUUCUUUUAUUGUAUUUCAAGAUAGCACAAAGGAAAGGCAGGACCUUUCUAAUAAGAUAUUAGAUAAAGUGAAGGAAUAUGACGGAUAUGUUAAAACGGACACCUCUAACCAUAGUAAGAAAAAGAAAGGUCAUACGCGGCACUGGUCACUAGACCUGUGUGUGCGGGGCGGGGGCGAGGAGGGUGGGGCAGAGGCCGGGGCAGGGGCGGAGGCCGGGGCCGGGGCCGGGGCCGGGGGCAGCAAGAUGUACUUAUACAUCCAGAUGCAGCUGUGCCGACGCGACAGCCUGCACGACUGGCUUCGACACAACAGGACCUGGGAUGCCCGAAGACAGCAUGCAAACGUACUGUUCAGUCAGAUAGUAUCAGCGGUAGAGUACGUUCAUUUAGCGGGUCUAAUCCACCGCGACCUGAAGCCCAGUAAUAUCUUCUUUGCGCCCGACGGCCGCGUUAAGGUGGGGGACUUCGGUCUCGUCACCGCUAUGAACGACAGUUCACAGGACGGAGAAACUACGGAUAUCGAUGUGUAUGCUAGACACACGCAUCGAGUAGGCACGCACCUGUACAUGUCGCCGGAGCAGGUGGUGGGCAAGCCCUACAACUACAAGGUGGACAUCUACUCGCUGGGGCUGGUGCUGUUCGAGCUGCUGCAGCCCUUCGGCACGGAGGCGGAGCGCGUGCACUGCCUGCUGCGCCUGCGCGCCGGACUCUACCCCGACUCCUUCCACCACACGUAUCCUGCUGAGACGGAGGUAUUGAAGUUGAUGUUGAGUGCUGAGCCGUCGGAGCGUCCGACGGCGAGCGGCGUGCGCGCGCGGGCGCCGCUCUACCAGGCCACGGACGAGCGCUGGCACUUCGCGCUGCCCGCGCCCGCCGACCUGCGCUAGCUGUACUCUCGGGGAAGCUGGCGGUGCACCACAUACAAACUUACAACGAAACGACAAACAAUAAUCAAUAGAAUUUAAAUAUAUAUACGAAAAAAAAUAUAUUUAAGAAAUAUAUAAACUAGAUGGAUUAAUCCCAACCGUCCCCCUGCUCUGUCCCCACGUGAGACUAAAUUUCAUCCGUCCCACCUUUUAGUCCCACUA